AUGGCAUCUACAAAAAAAAAGAGAAGAACUGAAGAAGAGCAUCGAGAAUUCAAUCGAGAUUGGACGGAGUUGUUCGCUUUCAUAUGCAACUCAGAUGGCCUUCCGACUUGUCUCAUUUGCCACGAAAAACUCGCACACAAUAAGAAAUCAAAUUUAGAGAGACACUUCACUAAAAAACAUACUCAGUUUGCUAGUAAAUAUCCAGCCGGCGAAGAACGAAAAAAAGCUGUCGACGAGCUCCAAAAACAAAAACAGCAAUCAAGUUCCAUGUUAAGUAACUGGACGCAAUCUACAAGUAAUGUUAAUCUGGCAAGCUUCGCGGUAUCACUAGAAAUUGCAAAAAAAGGCAAACCAUUCACAGAUGGUGAGUAUGUCAAAGAUUGCUUCAUACGUGCAUCUGAAGAACUGUUUCGUGAUUUCAAAAACAAACCAGAAAUCUUGAAAAAAAUCAAAGAUUUGCCACUAUCCGCUAAAACAGUACAAGAUAGAAUAGCUAAAAUGUCUUCAAAUGUAACAUAUUUGCAGGUGGAAGAUAUUCAACUUUCUUCUGCCUUAUCACUUGCUAUAGAUGAGUCUUGCGACAUAAAAGACACGGCACAAGUUGCCCUUUUUGUCAGGUAUAUGUCUUCCCAAGGUCCAAAAGAAGAACUUCUAGGAUUGCUACCGCUCUCGGGACAAACUAGAGGGGAAGAUAUAGCGAAUGCCGUGCAAAAAUGCCUUGAAGACAAUAAGAUCGAUUUAAAUAAAAUCGUUUCAAUAGCAACUGAUGGAGCCAGAAGUAUGACAGGAAAAAAUAAAGGGGCAACAACGAUUCUUCAGAGCAAAAUAAACCACGAAAUUCUUACAUUUCACUGCAUAAUACACCAAGAAGCGCUUUGUGCCCAAACAUUUCCGGCCGAAAUAGUUGAGGUCAUGAAUUUGGUAAUCAAGAUUGUUAACAGCAUCUUGUCAAAAGCACUCCACCAUCGUCAGUUUAAAGAAUUCUUAAACGAAAUGGAGACUCAGUAUUCCGACCUCCUUCUUCACAAUAAAGUGAGAUGGCUUUCCAAAGGUAAGGUGUUGAAACGUUUUGCUUUGUGCUUGAAUGAAAUAAAUACAUUCCUAAAUGAAAAAGGCAUUAAUCACCCUGAAUUAGAGAACGACAAAUGGUUGCAAAAAUUUUACUUUAUGGUGGAUAUCACAGCGAAAUUAAAUGAGCUGAAUCUAAAACUGCAAGGAAAGGGAAACCCAGCCUAUGUUUUGGUAGAAGAAUUGGUUUGUUUUGAAGAAAAAUUAAUUCUUUUUGCAGAAGAUAUUCAGAGUGGUAAAUUACUUCAUUUUCAAUUUCUAAAGCAAUAUCGAGAUAAAACCAGUGCAACUGUUGACACGAAUUACUUCAGCACAGUUAUAAAAAAAAUUAAAGAUGAAUUUGCUGACAGAUUUGAGCAAUUCAAAACCAACAAAACCACUCUAGCAUUCAUAGUAAAUCCUCUCAACACAAAUAGUAACGAAAUCCACCUUGAGCCAUUUGGAAUUGAUACUGGUUCUCUAGAAAUGCAAUUGAUCGAUUUAAAAAGUAAAGCUUUGUGGAGUGGAAAAUUUACAGAGUUGAAAAGCAAGUUGGAAGAGUUGGAGGUCCAGAAAUAUAUGUACGUAACGCAACAAAAGUGGACAGCUUUAAAAGAAAUGCCGCGAGUUGAGGCACUUAUAUUCGACGCAUGGAAUAGUCUUCCAGAUUGCUACAGUGAGGUGAAGAAGUUGGCAUUUGGAGUGCUGACUAUCUUCGGAUCGACAUAUUCGUGA